AUGCAAAAUCAAAUGGAAAUCGAAGGAAAAGAUGGUUCCAAAAUCCCGCUGCAAGAGAGGUUGAAGACGGAUUUUGGAAGAGGCCUAGGCCUCAAAAUCGACGAUCGAACGGUUUCUCGUCGCCACGUUUCUUUCCAACCACACCCAUCUGAACACAAAGAUGAAACUAAGGUCUGUUUCAAAGUUAUUGGGAAGAACCCCAUAUGGGUAUGCAGCCAGAGAACUGGUCAAAUUAGGGUUCUUAGGAGACUUGAAAGAGGAGAAAUUGAGAGUGGUGACAUGUUCUGUGUUUCUGCAAAGAACCCUGUUUGGUUCACUUUGAAAAGGAUUGAUUUUGAUGGUGAAGAAGAUGAUAAGAAUGAAUUCAAGAGUGAUUCACGACUCGAGAAUGAAUUCGCAGAGAGCUUACAGAGUAGUUCUGGAUUGAUAGGGGUUGAAGAAUUAGAGCUUGAGUCUGUUAAUGUUUCAGAUAUUGACCCUGUGAAAGAGUUUGGUUUUGUGGUGAUGGGGCAUGAGUUUGAUUGCUAUCCUAAGAAAUUGAUCCGUGAGAUCAAGAACUGGGAGUGGUUUCUUGAGGAACCUGGAGAAGAAAGCAAUGAUGAUGAGGUUCAAGAGAAAAGGGGGAAGAAGGUUGGGAGGAGAAAGAGGAAGAGAGGUGAAGGAAAUGAUGAUGAUUAUGAUGAUGAAUGGGCAGGUGAGAGUGAGGACGAGGAGGAGGUAAGUACGAAAACAAGAAAGGUUCAGAGACCGAAAUAUUCUACUAGAUCAAAGGACGGCAACAAGGCCAUUAAGAACACAAGAAAAACUAAAUAUCCCGGAGAUGAAGAAUACAUUGAAGAAGACGACGAUACCCUAGGAGGCUUCGUUGUUACUGACGAUGAUGUGGAACUGGAAGAUAAAAUUGAUGAAGAUGAAGAAGAGGAUGAUUUUGAUGAGGAGGAUGAUGAAGAUGAUUGA